AUGAAGAACAUCAGCUCUCAGGCAGAACUCAACAGUACCCUCUCCUCCGCAGGCUCCAAGCUGGUCGUCGUCGACUUUUUUGCCACAUGGUGCGGACCUUGCAAAACGUUGGCGCCGAUUCUGGAGGGACUAGAGCGUAAGCACACCUCUACCAUCUUUGCCAAAGUCGAUGUAGACAAGGCUCAGGACUGUGCAGGAAUAUACAAAGUCACCUCCAUGCCCACUAUCCUCUUCUUCAAGAACCGCUCCGAGGUGGCUCGUGUUGUCGGCGCGGAUGUCGGCAAAAUCCAGGGAUACAUCAAAUCCUAUGAGGGAGGCUCAUCCUUCAGCGGCGGCGGACAAACCCUCGGAGGAAGCGGUGGUAGCAAUGUUCCCAAGGCAUCACCAGCAGUUCAAAAGAAGGGUAAUCUGGAUAAUGCGCCAUAUCACGUCCGACUUUUGAUCGCCGUCGGUCACCUUUCCUCAGGCAUCGUUAGCCUGGCCACGAAACUAUUCCAGAGUAUUGCAUUUGUAGCAACCUCUGCCAAGACAGGACUGAUCGGCAACAGCACCCAUGAGGGCAAGGAGAUCAAGACCGUGGAGGGACCUGGAGGCAGCUGUCAGAUUCAGGUCCGCAUAUUGGAUGGCACCUCGAUCCGUGGCGACUUUGAACCUGAGCACACCCUCCAGAGGGUGCGGGAUUUUGUGCAAGCAAACUUGGAUGCAAGAGGCGUCAAGGCACCAGGGUUCACCCUCAUGACCAACUUUCCCAAAACUGUCUACAAGGAUGAAACCCUGCAGCUAACUCUGGAGGAGGCCAAGUUGACCCCACGCGCACAGAUGAUCGUUAUGGCAUAA